GAAAGUCUCUGCAGGACAGGAGCGUCUCUCUCUCUCUCUCUCUCUCUUCAGUCAACAAGGACUCAGAAAGUUGCAACACAAGCCCAAAAAUGAAGGACUGAUACAGCGCUCCAGUCUGAAGAGACCCGAGGAUACUGCACAUUAUGUUGUCAUGGAAACCAGAACUUGGAUGCAAGGACCGCUGAAGGUGGACAACCUUCCCUGACUGCAUCCUUGAGUUGGUACUGUUCUGCUGACAGAAUGUUGUGGAGAAUAGCGAUCCCAGUCAUCCUGGCUGGGGUACUGUGCCUCACUGCAGAGUCCAAGAAGCCCCGUCCGCAGGGAUCCAUCCCGUCUCCGUACAAGACCAAAGGGAACCUGUCUUCAGAGCGCCACCACCGACUACUGCAGCAGAAACCAGAGGUGCUGUCCUCGAGUCGCGAGGCCUUGGUGGUGACGGAGCGACGCUACCUCCGCAGAGACUGGUGCAAGACCCAGCCGCUCCGGCAGACCAUCAGCGAGGAGGGCUGCCGCAGCCGCACUGUAGUCAACCGCUUUUGCUACGGCCAGUGCAACUCCUUCUACAUCCCUCGACACAUGGGCCCCAGCUCGGGUCCGUCCUCGGGCUCCGGGAGGAAGAGCCACAACAAAGUGCAAGAGCCGUUUCAGUCCUGCUCCUUCUGCAGACCUCAUCGGGUCACUCAGCUCACCGUGCAGCUGGAGUGUCCGGACCUGCAGCCGCCGUUCAGGCAUCGGAAGGUUCAGAGGGUCAAACAGUGCCGCUGCAUGUCGGUGGACGUGAGCGGGCACGGGAAACUGUGAGGACCGGAAUCACCCACGAUUAUAGGACAAAGACUUCAAAGUCAGGAGGCGACCGUGAGAGACACGGAGCAGCUUCCUGCUCACUUUGGUCUAAGGGCUUCAUGGAACCCGACAGGUCAAAUAUGAAACAGACUUCCGUGAACAAUCUUGAAGAUCAGCAUUGGAUAGUGAGGAGGUCAGUUUGAAAUUCCAUAAGCUCAGAAAACCAGCAGACUCCUGAGUCAAGAGGCGAUAUGAAUAUAUAUAUGUAUAUCCUUAGUAUAUGUGAUGUAAGUGUGUAAUUAUCCAUG